AUGGCGUCGAUUGGUCCCACUGAAAGGGAUGAAUCUGAAGAAGCUGGCAAUAGCCAAAGCAACAACAUGCCACCAUUGUUUCUAGACAGUAAUACCAAGAAAGCUAUGGAAUCGAUUGCGCCGAUUCUCGAAGGUUUUACGCCAAAAACUUCGUCUAGUGAGAACAAAUCGUUGAAGUUACCACCAGCAGGAUUUACUUCAGACGAUGAUGAUGAGACUAAUAAGCUGGUAAGAACACUUAGUAUCUCUUCUACUGGGUCUGCAAGUAGGCAUGUGAAUCCACUGGCUUUGGGAACCUCUUAUGAUGGUUCUGGUGGUGCUGGGACCAAGUUACAAAGGCUGAAGAGUAAUCAAAGCGGGGCAGGGUCCGUUAAUACGAUUGUGGAAAACUCCCCUAGUCCAUCUCCAAUGCUGGAGGAACCACACGCGUUUCCGUUUAUCCCGCAAGCUGCGACCUCUAAUGAUGCAAACAGUAGUAGUGCUGAUACACUAACUAGCCCAAGCUCGAGUACUUCGUCUAGAAAGGCUUCAACUUCCUUGCCUAAACCACAAUUGCCCAAGAUCGGGAAAAUUGGUGUUUGUGCCAUGGACGCAAAAGUCCUUUCGAAACCAUGCAGACACAUUUUGAACAGACUCAUUGAGCAUGGUGAGUUUGAGACAAUCAUAUUUGGUGAUAAAGUCAUCUUGGAUGAAAGCAUUGAAAACUGGCCCACUUGCGAUUUCUUAAUUUCAUUUUUCUCAAGUGGCUUCCCAUUGGAGAAAGCUAUCAAGUACGUCAAGUUAAGAAAACCAUUCAUUAUCAAUGACCUCAUCAUGCAAAAGGUAUUGUGGGAUAGAAGACUUUGUCUACAACUACUGGCAGCAAGUAAUGUUCCUACGCCUCCAAGACUUGAAAUUACAAGAGAUGGCGGUCCAAAGGUGGACGACGAAUUGAAGGCUAUGCUUGCAGAUCGUGGAGUCACGAUCUCUCAUGUCAAAGAACCAAAGUGGAGAAUGAUCGACGAUGAUACUUUAGAAGUUGACGGUCAGAUCAUGGUUAAACCAUUUGUUGAAAAACCUGUAGAUGGUGAAGAUCACAACAUUUAUAUUUACUAUCAUUCCAAGAACGGCGGUGGUGGAAGAAGGUUGUUCCGGAAGGUCGGUAACAAAUCUUCGGAAUUUGAUCCAUCUCUUGUCUAUCCACGUACCGAAGGCUCGUACAUUUAUGAGAAAUUUAUGGAUACCGAUAAUUUUGAGGACGUUAAGGCUUAUACUGUAGGUGAAAACUUUUGUCAUGCAGAAACCAGAAAAUCACCUGUUGUAGAUGGGAUAGUGCGCAGAAAUACUCAUGGUAAAGAAGUGAGAUAUAUUACUGAGCUCACGGCAGAAGAAAAAGAGAUGGCACGCCGUGUGUCUAAGACUUUUGCUCAAACCAUAUGUGGGUUCGAUCUAUUGCGUGUUGGGGGAAAAAGCUAUGUCAUUGAUGUUAAUGGCUUCUCCUUUGUUAAGGAUAAUGUCCAAUACUACGAUUCUUGUGCAAAAAUUUUACGAGAUACUUUCUAUAACGCAAAGAAAAAGAUGAGUCUCGAUAAGCGUAACUUACCUGCCAUUCAAGAAGAGAAGACGCAAAAAUGGGUCUUCAAAGGUUUGGUUACUGUCAUUAGGCAUGCUGACCGUACACCUAAGCAAAAGUUUAAGCACUCCUUCACAUCCCCUAUUUUUAUCUCUUUGCUAAAGGGUCAUAAAGAAGAAGUGGUUAUCAGACACAUCAAUGACUUGAAAAUUGUUUUACAAGCUCUAAAAAUUGCUCAAGAAGAAAAUGCUGAAGAUCCGGUUAAAUUAGACGUUUUGGCGAAUGCAUUGGAGAAAAAGCUUUCAUUCCCUGGGACAAAGAUUCAAUUGAAACCCGUUUUGAACAAAGAUAAUGAAGUUGAGAAAGUUCAAUUUAUCUUAAAAUGGGGUGGUGAACCAACACACUCUGCACACUUCCAAGCAGAAGAACUAGGUGAACAAAUGAGGCAAGAUUUCGACUUGUUGAAUAAAAACAUCUUACAGAACAUUAAAAUAUUCUCAUCAUCUGAAAGAAGGGUACUGGUAUCCGCCCAAAUUUGGGCAACUGCGCUUUUCGGCGCUGACGAGAUUGGAAGCGAUGAAAUCAGUAUCAGGAAGGAUUUGUUAGACGAUUCAAAUGCUGCAAAGGACCUUAUGGAUAAGGUUAAAAAGAAAUUGAAACCCCUUUUAAGAAUGGGUAAAGAAGCGCCUCCUCAGUUUGCUUGGCCUCCUAAGAUGCCUGAACCAUAUUUAGUCAUUAAACGUGUUGUUGAUCUAAUGAAUUACCAUAAAAAGAUAAUGGAUCAUAACUUCGCAACAAAGAAUGUGGACGAAAUGCAACAGAAUUGGUGUUGUGCUGAAGAUUCCAUGUUGUUCAAGGAACGUUGGGAUAAACUAUUUAAAGAAUUUGUGACCGUUGAAAAGGUCGAUCCUUCUAAAAUCAGCGAGUUAUAUGACACCAUGAAAUAUGAUGCCCUUCAUAAUAGACAAUUUUUGGAACACAUAUUCAUGCCAGAUGAUGGUACAGAAGAAGAGAAUGAGGAGGUACGUCAUCAUUCCUUGGUUGAUAGGUAUCCAAUUAACAUAUUAGCAAGAAACAACUUCAAGAUUCCAGAUUCUUCCAAUGUCCAAAUGGUUAAUCAGGCAACUACUACGGGUUCUAAAUCAUCCAGUAGUGUCGGAUCUCUUGGUUGGGUCCUUGAAAGUGUUGAAAGUGGUACCAAAUCACCUGGUAGAUCUAACUCUACAUUUGAUGAUCCAAAAUUCAUGCAAUUAAGAGAAUUAUUCAAGCUUUCCAAAGUUCUUUUCGAUUUCAUCUGCCCUCAGGAAUAUGGGAUUGAAGAUACUGAAAAAUUGGAUAUUGGUUUGUUGACAUCUUUGCCAUUGGCUAAGCAGAUCUUGAAUGAUAUCGAUGAUAUGAAGGAAAAGGACACGCCGGCUUGUGUUGCCUACUUUACUAAGGAAUCUCAUAUUUACACCUUAUUGAACAUUAUAUAUGAGGCAGGUUUACCAAUGAGAAUUGCAAGAAACGCACUACCAGAACUUGAUUAUCUAUCGCAAAUCAAUUUCGAAUUGUAUGAAAGUACAGAUGCAUCUGGACGUAAAUCGCAUGCUGUUCGUUUGAAAAUGUCACCUGGAUGUCACACUCAAGAUCCAUUAGACGUUCAACUAGAUGACAGACAUUACAUUAGUUGCAUUCCAAAGAUUUCUUUAACAAGACAUUUGGAUGUCGAUUACGUUUCUCAAAAGUUCAGGAACAAGUUUAGCAGAGUUAUUCUACCACAGAAGUUCACUCCAGUUAAUAUUACUAGUCCUAAUUUGUCUUUCAAACGCAAGGGGAUAACAGAGACAUUAGAAAGCUCUACUGAAGAAAACGAGAAUCUUGAUAAAUGA